AUGAACGGGACUCGGAAUUGGUGUACCCUGGUGGAUGUGCACCCAGAGGGACAGACCACGGGCAGCACGGACAUUCUCAGGCUGACUCUUCAGAACCAACUGACAGGAGAGGAACUUGAACAAAUAGCCCAGAAGGCGGGCAGGAAGACCUACGCCAUGGUGUCCGGGUGGUCAACUGGUCAGUCUCUGGCCUCAGAACUGGUGGAGUCCAAAGAUGGACACGAGGAAAUCAUUAAGGUGUACUUGAAGGGGAAGUCUGGAGACAAGAUGAUCCAUGAGAAGAAUAUUAAGCAGCUGAAGAGUGAGGUCCAGUACAUCCAGGAGGCCAGGAACUGCCUGCAGAAGCUUCGAGAAGAUAUAAGUAGCAAACUUGACAGAGAUCCAGGAGAUUCUUUCCAUCAACAGGAGUUACAGGUGGUGCUAGAAAAGCCAAAUGGCUUCAGUCAAAGUCCCACACCCUUGUACAGCAGCCCAGCUGAGGUGGAUAUCUCUAUGAAUGAAGAUGCUGAGAGCUUGAGGAAGACUGUGCGGGACCUGCUUGCCAAGCUGCAGGAGGCGGAGCAGCAGCAUCAGUCAGACAGAGUGGCUUUCGAGACCAUGCUCAGCCGGUACCAGAGAGAUGCAGAAGAAAGCAAUGUGGCUCUUCAGAGAGAAGAGGACAGAGUGGAGCAGAAAGAGGCAGAAAUUGGAGAGCUGCAGAAGCGCCUGUUAGGGAUGGAAACGGAGCACCAGGCCUUACUGGUGAAGGUCAGGGAAGGGGAAACAGCCCUGGAGGAACUUCGCAGCCAGAGCGCUGACUGCCGAGCAGAACAGGAAAAGGCUGCUAACCUGGAAAAGGAGGUAGCUGGGUUACGGGAAAAGAUCCACCACUUGGAUGACAUGCUUAAGAGCCAGCAGCGCAAAGUACGGCAAAUGAUAGAACAGCUCCAGAAUUCAAAAGCAGUGAUCCAGUCAAAGGACACGGCCAUUCAGGAGCUCAAGGAGAAAGUUGCCUACCUGGAGGCUGAGAAUUUAGAGAUGCAUGACCGGAUGGAACACCUAAUAGAAAAGCAAGUCAGCCAUGGUAACUUCAGCACCCAAACCCGGGCCAAAACAGAGAACCUGGGCAGCAUUCGGAUAUCCAAGCCGCCCAACCCUAAGCCCAUGCCUCUAAUCCGAGUGGUGGAAACCUGA